AUGGCAGACCAACAGUUCCCCCAAUGGAUGGUUAAAGAUCACUGCCGGAAAAUGCAUAAACCUCCAAUGAACAUUGAAGAAUUCUUAAAGUUUCAAAAUUGGGAUUAUUGGCCAAGGGAAAUCUAUUUUGGAGACAGUGAUAAAUGGCUACACACUGUAAAGAAAAUGAAAGAAGAUAGUUCAUUUACGUCAAUUUAUACACAUCUGUGGGGAACUGUCCCUCGAAUACAUGAUGCAAUCAUUACCAUGGAGUCAAGAUUAGGGGAAUGUUCAAUUCUUUUGAAAAACCAUGCCUCUAAAAUAUUUGAGUGGAACAGCAUAAUUUCUGAGACAAGUUCUAAAGGAAAAUUGGAAAGAUACAAGGCAUUUCUAAGGAAGCACCAUAAGAGAAAGAAGAUAAUGCUUUCAGAUGAAAUGGAGACAAAGAAGACUGUAGAGGGUUGCAGCUUCUCAGGAUUCAAAACAAAUGAACUUACUCAACUACCCAGACAUUUGGAUGCUGAACAAAUUUAUCUUUUUAUUUUAAAAACCCAGAAGUUUGAUGUACGAAAAAGUUUUAAAAUCUGGAAGACCCAUUUUCUCUCAGACGCUUCUAUGGCUCUUUUACAUGAUUCAUUUUGGUGGUGGUUUCUGCAUAAAUUUAAGGCUGACAGAGAAAAUCAAGAUUCCUUGUUUGAUAGAAUUUCAGAAAGUUAUGUAGUGCUUUUCAUGAGCAUCCCUGCAAGUCGAAAGGAUACAUUCCUUCAGGUGUAUCCUGAUUGUUUGGCACAAGCUAUCUAUGCAACAUUCCAGGAAGCAUUUCCAGAAUCCAGUAAUAUUUUUAAUGAUGAAUUUAAAGAAGAUCUCGGGAAUAAUAUUUUUCUUUGGCUGUCAGGUUUAAAACCUCCAAAAGGCUUUUGGACCCACUGGAAACUCAAAGAACUCUCCACAACAACCAUACAUGGUACUAAGAAAGCACCUUCAAAAUCUUUAAAGGACAGAAUUGAAAGGAGUCAAGAACGCAUAACGGCUGCGAUAGACUUCAAUAUGAUGAAAAUUUUAAAGAACCCAAGAGCAUACACAAUGCCCACAUUUAAGGAAGAAUCAAGUGUAUCAAGUCUAACAACAAAGUCCCAUUAUAGUAGCACUGGUCCAGAGUUUAACCGUGUACUGUUCAAUUUUGGAGGUCAGAGUCCACUGAUUUUAUAUUAUCUUAAGAUGCAUGAGUUAGCUGGUAUUUCCAAGGCCCCUAAACAAAGCAAGAUUAAAUUCACUGAAAUAUUGCAAGAACCACCACCUGCUCCAACUUACCGUGAUAUCAUAAAAGAAGCAAAAAGACAGUUUGCAAAGAAUCAAAAGGAUUUUAGGAUAGAGAAGCACAGAAUUAAUGAAGAAAUAAAACUCCUAAGACAGCGGCAGGAAAGAAUUGACAAGGAGCUUGAUAGACUCCAGGCGAAGGCUACCAAGAAACCCUACGAAGCUAAGAAUGACUUUGACAAGUUCCUACAUAAACUGCGUUCUGAAGCUCGAACUGAGAGAGAGUUUCUGGCAUCACUCUCAUCAUCAACAUCAACAGAAGACUACAACUGUGAAGAAGAAGAGUGUCAAGAGAAACCAGAAAUGGACUGUAUUUAA